GCAAUCCUUAACGCUAACGAACGGGACGAUUAUCGUGACUUACGUCGACGAAUGAGGGCCCUAGCUUUCUUCGGUGUGCCUCAUCAUGGAGCUAUACUCGCAACCUAUUAUGACUUUCUGUUGCAGUAUACGUUCCUUGGCUACAUCACCAACUGGAAUUAUAUCUACGCUCUAAGAGCUGGAUCAAGGGCCCUGACAGAUAUCUCUGAGCAGUUUAGGCCACAGAUCCCUUCAUUCCAGAUCCGUACGUUCUAUGAGACGGAAACAACAAACGGCUAUGCGGUGUGA